AAAUAGGGUCACUAAAUUUUGCACACAACAUAAAUUUCAAAUACAAGAAUUUCAAGACACUCAUGGGAAGCCUUAAUCACAAACCAAUUAGGAGUUUGAAACUCGUUGGAUGUGGUAUUGUCUUUGGGGAGUUUAAUGCAAACAUUCUAAACUCCCUUCAAUGGUCGAAUCUUCAGGAAUUGUUCAUUGGCGACAACAUAAUCAGAGUUUUAGAAUCAGAUGCAUUUUCAAAUGUAAGUUCUCUCAAACUGUUGUACGUCUCAAACUUCAUGCAAUUUUCACCACAAUUCCUGGAGCCUCUUCAAGCAAGUUUAGAGGAACUUAUCAUCGAUAGCACAAUUCUUCACAACAUAGCAGACACAAAGUACAGGCA